GUAUUCUUGAUUCUCUCAUUUAUAACCUAUUUUCUUGAGGUUUAAUUGGUUUACAACAACAGCCCAAGACAAAAAGAGAUGACAGAUAUUUAAUCAAUAUAUGCAGAUUGAACACAAUUAUUGGUGUUUUGCUUUAAUUUUAGUAAAUCUGUUCUUCAUUUGUAUGCUUUAGUAUAUAUCUUAUAUUCAACGUUUGAGAAAGUUUAUCUGAAAUUUGCAAGAGGAUGUAUAUAUCUGAUCAUUUAGUUUAUGGACUUAAUUUAGGGUUUUUAAUGAAUCAAUCUGUAUACAAUUGUGUUUUUUAAGGUUCUGGUCAGUAUUCUUCACUUAUUGUAAGCCAUUGACCUUUAAAAUUGAUUCUUGGUCUCUGAAUCUCCCAAGUGAGAAAGGGAUAUUCUCCAGAAACUGAUUACUGGAGUAUUCUGGGAUUUCUGUACAGUUUUCUGUCUUUUGUUUCUCUUGUCGAAAUUAAUGAAUGAUUUUGUAAUGUUUUUUGAAGUAAUCUCUAAGGCCUUAAUGAAUCUGAGUUGUCAGCUCUCCAAGGUUUUAAUUUGUUCUUUUUGCAGCUUGCACAGUAAAUCUUGUGAUUAGAUCAUUCGUCAUUUCCGAGAGUCUCUUUAAUUUGUUGUGCCUGCUAUAAUUAAGCACGAAAGCCAUCCCUUAGAGACAGAACUACCGAGGAUCUUAUAAUCAACGGUCUACAUGCAACCUUGGUGGCGCGGUUUUGGUGACAAUGGUAUGCCUACCUUCGGGCAAGAAACAAACGGGUCUAUUUCCUUUGAAACAAACGAGUCACAGGGAAAUGCCGAAGGGGGUGGUAACAAAGAAAAAGAAACGAAUUCAACUGCACAAUCUGGAUUGAAUGAAAGUAAUAGUCAAGACGAGCAGCACCUCAAACAUGCCUCUUCGAUCCCCGCUGUUAUGAGUGAGCAGCUUGGAGCGAAUUCCCAAAUGGAACUCGUGGGUCAUUCAAUUAUGUUGGCAUCAUACCCGUAUGCAGACCCGCAAUAUGGGGGAAUGUUUAGCUACUGCUCACCGGUACAAUCUCACCUGUUUGGACUUCAUCACGCUAGAAUGCCUUUGCCUCUUGAAAUGGAGGAGGAGCCUGUCUACGUCAACGCGAAACAAUAUAAUGGGAUUUUAAGGCGAAGGCGGGUUAGAGCUAAAGCAGAACUUGAAAAGAAAGCCAUCAAAGCCAGACGGCCAUAUCUUCAUGAAUCUCGCCAUCAACAUGCACUGAGGAGGGAAAGGGGGUCGGGGGGCCGAUUUCUCAAUACAAAAAAGCUAAAUGAUAUGAAUUCGAAAACAGACGAGCAUACGCAAUCUGGUGCAACUGCUACAACAAACUCGGGCCACUCAUCGGGUUCAGAGCAUUUGUGUACGAACAGCGAAGGGCAGUCUGCUGUAAAAGAAAUGUGCAGAGCAGACAGCCAUGGCUUCCCAUCGGUGCAUUUUACAGAGUCGAGCGGGAAUGAAAAGGGAAGUUUUCGUCAUGGUCAUCAAAACUGGAGCUUUAUGGGAAACCAGGCUCCUCACGGUGCGCCACCCAGCAAUUGAAAACUCGUUCCUGUGUAAUGGAGGGGUAAGACAAUCCAUCCCUUCUUACACGGGUCUGGCAAUUCAUUCUUGGCUUGUUUUACCUAUGUGGGCAAGAUGGGUAGAAACGAAUAGACUCGGGCUGUGUCGGUCAGCCAUUUGUUUCUAUUGCUUCUUCCCAGUGUUGUAGAUAUAUGCUCUGAUAUAUAGACUGAGAAGUUGUAGUGUGAUUAUUUUGUGGUUGGCUUACCACAAAAAAGAUAGUGGUGUUGAACUUAUAGACAACAAACUGUGUCAAAACUUGUGGUCUUUUGAGAUGUUGUGAAUCUUGUUUGCCAA